AUGAAGGAAGCUACUUGGCACACACACAGGGCAAGAAGCACCAGAUCAACCUGGCCAGACGAGCAGCACGAGAGAAACAGGAUGCCACGAUCCAGCCUCAACCUCAAACAUCAUCAGGUCCUCGGAAGACCGUUAAGAUUGGCAGGCCAGGUUAUCGAGUCACCAAGGACGGGAAUCGAUCGAAAGGAAGGAGUGCGAGUCGGUGGUGCUACCGUCUUCGCCUACCGGUACUACGUCUUAGAAAGGAGAGAAAGAUGA